CCCUGACAGUAAGAUUCAUGUGACGAGAGAUAUGCAGACUGCUGGUGACUGUUGCUUUAGGAUCGAUAAUCAUUCGUCCACAAAACCUAUCCACAGUGAAUGAGCGAGGUUGCUGAAUAUGUUUGUGUGAAACAUCACCUGGACUAGAGUAUUACAAACAGCCACACUUAUCUAACAACAUGAGUUCCUCACGUAAAACUAGUUCUAAUAAGAAGAUCCAUAUUGAUAGAUCUGAUCUUUUGUGUAAAAAUGGUUGUGGUUUCUAUGGAAACCCAGCAUGGCAGGGGUUCUGCUCCAAAUGCCACAAGGAAGUCUACCAGAAAGCCAAGCAAGCACAAGCCCAACAUGAUAGCACCAUGAAACAACCAAAGGCUGAAAAAUCUAAAGGGUCAGACUUUGGCGGAUUUAAUGUAAUUCCAGCAUCAUUUACAAAAUUUGAAGAGAAGAAAACACAACAUGCCAACAAAAGGACACAUACUGUAAAAUCAAUUUUUCGAAAGUCAGCAUCAAAAGAAUCCCAACAAGUUCCACAACAGAGCAAAUCAGGUUCUCAUGAGAGUAGACGGGUCUGUCUGGAGUUCCAACAAGUGGGGACAGAGUUUGCAGAAUUUUUGAAGAAAAUCCAACACAAUGCUGCACUAGACGUGUCAAAGCAUAUCAAGGCUGUUGUAGAUCGUGUCCAGAACAUGCCCGACACUCCUGUGGAGGAAUUGGCCGAGUUUGUACAAGACUUCUAUCAGACUCUCGGGGACCGUGUCAAUAAUAAUCCCAUCUAUAAGGUGUACAGUAGUGAGACUAUGGAGAAACUGAUGGACUAUACAGAGAGGUAUGUUAUGGUACGACUGUACGCCUCUGUGUUCUCCACACCUGAUACACAAGAUGAACAGAAGGAUCUACAGAUACAAGAUAGGAUUCGUAGUCUGCAUUGGAUCACUGCUCAACAACUAGACACUUUGAUCAAUGACCACGACACUACUGUAAGACAGUUGGUGGAUAAGGCCAUCACAGAGAUCAUCGACAUGAAUGCUAAGAAGUCUCCCCCAGACAAGCUGGUGUGUGUAGUAAACUGUUGUAAGUGUAUAUUUGAGGUGAUCAAACAGUCCAAGUCAGGACCAGCUAAUGCAGAUGACUUCUUACCUGCUCUCAUCUACGUGGUCCUGAAGGCAAACCCUCCUCUACUUCACUCCAACAUACAGUAUAUAACUCGAUUUGCCAACCCCAGUCGUCUUAUGAGUGGCGAGGCUGGAUACUACUUCACAAACCUGUGUUGUGCUGUGGCAUUUAUUGAGAGCCUGGGUGCAGAAUCACUGGCCCUGACUCAGGAACAGUUUGACCGUUACAUGUCUGGAGAAGCUGUCCCACCACAAGUUGGCAAUGAAUACAUGUGUGAGGGACUACGUCUAAUGUAUGAAAACCUGAAAACUCUGGCAGAGUUAAAACAGCGACAGGAAAAAGUCAUGGCAGACACACUUCAGCUCCAGCAAGAUAUGAGAGAAUUCAAGGAAAGUUUCAAACAAGAAAUAAAGAAUGUGUUGGACCGUACACCCCUUAUUAUACGACCAGCCAAAACCAAGGUAGACAUUGAUGCAGAUAUCUGUGUAGAGUUACCUUCCCCUUUAUUACCCGAACGAAUCUCUGUAUCCUCCGUUUCUACAUUAGAAUGUACCAACACUGUGAAAGAGGGCUCGGAUUCAAGCAGCUUAGAACCAAUGGAGACAGCAGAUAGUCAGACAGACAAUCAGAGUUGUGACUCGGGACCAAAUGAUCCUGCUGAUAGUAAUACUCAAGCAACGGACAUGCUACAACCACAAUCUGCAUAUGCUAGUUGAUUUAGUUGUGAUAUUGGAGGCAAAUGUAGGUACAGUGUUAAGGAUAUCCAAUUUAUUAAGUACAAUUCCAGUAAAAUAUCUGCCCAACGACAGGAAUCCAGGUUUGUGAAGCAGCGGCCACCCAUACAUGUGAUCUAAUUCAAACACUUCUGUAUGAUGGUAUAGGCUACAUUUUCUCCAUCACCAACCUUGCAUAGAAUUUCUUUAAUUCUGGAUUCCUACCGUUGGAUAUAUAUUUUACUGGAAUAGCCCAAAGUACACCAAUAUUAAUGUACGAUAGUACACUGUUCAUAGACCACAAUACAAUCCAUGAUUCACCAAAGUACAUGUAAUGCAUGAUAAAUACAAGAUUUAAUGAUACAGUGUACUCAUCAUUGUAAGUCUGUUUCAGUAUAAAUGUUAUUUUUUCCAAAGAAAAUCUGCUCAAACAUUAGACAUUUUCCUGGUAAACUCAAUGUGUCUUUGAAAAGACAUCUGGUGAAUGGGUCUACAUAAUAAAGUUUUAAUCUCUUCAAAUUUAUUUUACAACUUCAAGAAAAUUAUAUAAAGACAAGCAAGAAAUUGCACAUUUAAAAUACUUAUAUACAAUUGUAUUUUUUUCAAACAUGAACUGUACUUAAAAAAUACUAUCUCAAAACAAGUAUGUUUGUCAUUGAAUCAUGUAUUGUGAAUACUAUUGUGAUUGUAUUCUAAUUUCUAUUGGCUGCAAGUACCUAAUACAUACUUGCCCUACAACUUUUUAUAACACAAAAUUUAAUUUUGGUCAGAGGUAUGCAAAUUCAUUUGCAUCUCAACUUAAUACUCAUUUUGUCUUUUUCCUAUUAAAUCAGCACACAUAUUUGAUGAUUUGUGAAAAAUAAUUGUAUGUCCUGCACUAGUCUGUAUUCUGAAUAUCUAUAAUUAUGAGGAAAAUAUCUAUGAAAUUUUGUAAAUAGAAAAUCUGUAAGAAAUCAAAUUAAAUCAAAAUAAGAACAAAAUCUAGCAAAGAAAAUCUAGGAAAUAAUAGAAAAAGACGGUAAAUAAGUGUUAGUGUACCUACUGGUUUAUCAAACUUUGUGUUUUAAUUCAAUUUCUAUUGAUUAGAUUGUGAUUGAUAAUUGAAUGAAUACCUUGACAUUCUUCAGAUUCCAUUUCAACAAUUUUUUAUAUACAAGUGAUAUUUAAAAUUCACUAUUUAUAAAUUUGUCAUCUUCUUUUCAUUGUUUUAUCAAUUUUGGAUAUUUAUCCAUAAUACUUGAAAUAUUUUACGAUGUGUUUAUUUAACAUAAGUGCUGUUAAUAAUUCUCAUAUAUAAUAUAUAAUUUUUUGGUAUCAAUAAAUACCUAAUGUUUCAAGAACAGAAAUGAAAGUAAUAAAACAAGAAAAAAAUCAUAGUAAUCAGAUUUAGUUAGGACCUUUUAUAAUUUCUCAAUUGUAUGAAUAAUCAUAUACCCUGUCUCGUCUUUUUCGGAUGACAACUAGAUCUAAAUUGUGAAGGCUACAGUAUUCUGGUAACAGCAUUAAAUCUGUAGUACUGGACACUACUAUGCCCGUGCUACGCCUGGAACUCACAACCUCUUGCAAUUGUUCACUGAGCAGACAUCCUACCAUAAGGCUAAAGGGAAUUACCUGCUAGCUUGAUCGAGUAAGGUCACCUUUACUCUCCACUUUUACAAGCUAUCUGACCUAAAGUCAUAGUGUCCAAGUUCACAAUUACUUUUGAGAAUCAGGGAAUUGUCAAAAGUAAGAAAUACAAAUUUCUGGUACAAAUGUAUUGGGAAUUUUCCAUGGUGAUGCACCGAUAUAAGAAAUCAAAGCUGUUAGUUUGGUACAAUAAAUAUUCUAAUUAAAAAGUGCAUGUAUAUUAGACAUUUGAAACAGGAUAAUCUCCCUUUAGCCUGGACAUGAUUGGAGCCUGUGGGGUAUGUGAUGUGUGGAACAAUGUACACUUUAAUUUGUUCCAAAACAAAUAAAAUGCCUGCAAUAUUUUUCCUUUUACUUAAUGAAGAAAAAAGAAAUUUAACUGAAACUUGAAUCAGGCAUGUAUUUUUAUUAAAUAAUUUUAUUAUUAAAUUGUCUGAAUUUCUAAACCAGAUAUUUAUAUUUCUAAACUUUAUUGGGAUUCUUAACUUUAAACUAACCUUUGCUUGGUAUGUGCUUCUGUUUUUGCCUACUUAGUUUUAUUAUCCAAAAUUUAAUGUUUAAAUUUUAAAAAAACAACAUUACAUGUAGUUUUAAGAUGGGAAGGUUUCAGAAUUUUUAUUACACAUUUUUGAUUACUGGUAAUAUUUCACAUAAGUUAUCAAGAUCAAUUGUCAUGCUUGUAAUUGUGCAUGUUUUGUGAAAAUAAGCUUGCAGUGGGGCCUAUUUACUGUUAGUUCAGUAUAUUUACUUAGAGGUUGAUAAUAGCUGUGAAGUCAAUGUUAGCCACGAGAACAAUAUUUGCUGUGACUAUUGCUGUACAUAUACUGAAUGUAUUACAUCACUUUUAUAUAGUAUACUGUCUCACAGAAGACCUUGGUGUAGGGUCUUUUCCUGGUCAUUAUGGAGUAAAUAAAUAUAAAUCUGUAAUGUGCACUAUUGUAUGAAAUGAAAGUAUUUGUAUUUGAUUUUGUGGCUUUAAGAUCCUGUUUACAUUGUUUGUGGUAUAAAGGGUAAAGAAACUAAACAAAAUGAUACUUAUUUUAGGUACAUACCAACAAAAUUUUCUUGAUUCAACAACUGCAAAAUUCAUGAAUAUAUAUGCUUGGCAAAUAUUAAAAAAUGAUAUACAGAAAAGAGCAUCAUUCUGUCAAACCUUUGAACGAAUCCAUGCUUUAAUGUAUGGGACUGGUCAUCCUUACUCCAAGCAAUGACGUCCUCUUAAACGCAGACAUGCAAUACAGUACAACUUAUAUUAAUUUACAAAGCAUUUUAAUUCUAUAAAAUAACAAUUCAAAACUUAAUUCUAAAAUGCAAGCCGAAAUGUUUGGUAUUUGACUUUUACUUUUGAUUUUGUUUUCAUUUCUAUUAACUGAAAUAUUAAAUCAACAGCCACUUUUGCUGAUAGUUUCAAUAAAUAUUGUUUGUUCAACAUGAAAAAAAAUGUACAUGGAGAAACAUAUUACCGGUAAUACAUAGUGUACCAAAGAUAUAUAUGAAAAUAGUAGUGCCACAUUCAGCGACUUAUUUUGAUACAUGUAUAUUCAUUUAAUUUCAAAAUUUCAAGAAGGAAACAGGCUGAUAAUAAAAAUAAGCACUUAUAUGUUUAAUAUUAAGCAAUUUUACAAUGGAUGACCUGAGGCAACUGAAGUAAACAACUAAGUUAUUUUACAUAGAGCCACACUGAACAACACUGAUUGAUAAAAAUAUGAAUUCAGUAUUAUGUUUUGAAUCAAGAUACUGGUAGAUAAGAGGUAGUGUAUACACAUAUUAUAUUAGUACCAGUUCUUCUUUGGUUCAUCUUCUUCAUCUAAUGAUUUUUUUGUUCAGGUCUUAAUUCCUGAACCAUAAAAGAUGUGUCGAUAAAACUUGAAGGAUACUUGCACCACUCAAAUCCAGGAUGCAGUGCAUUGUCGUUAGGUCACAGUGAAAUUGACCUCAAGGUCAAACGUGUCAUCAAUGCAAAUUUCCAAUAAUUUCUUGUCGGGGCCAUUACUUCUAAACCAUUGAAGAAACUUAAAAAAACUUGAAGCAUACAAAAUGUACUUGCAUCAUGUCAGGCCAAUGUCAGUGCACUGCAGUUAUGUUUUUGUGACCUUGACCUCAAGGUCAAACAAGUGCAAAUAUUUCCGCAAUUUAUUAUCCAGGCCUAACCUUCCAUGUGUUUGAAGAUGUUGAUGAAACUGGUAGCAUAGUUAUAUGGUCUAAAGAGUCUGAAGAUCAAUGGUCAAAUCAGUGCACAUUUUUCCAAUCAUAUUUGUUUGGAUGAUAACUUUUAAACUACUUUCAAACUGCCCUAAGAUCACUUUGACCUCAUGGUCAAAUGUGAAAGUGCAAAUUUUUUUCAUAAUUUUGUAUCCAGCAAUAACCAUUUUAAAAUUAAAUAUCUUAAUGAAAUGUGCUGUACAUUUACCACCCAAUUGACCAAAUGCACUGCUGUCUUUGGAUCAUUGUGACCUUGACAUCAAUGUCAAAUGUCAAUUGAGUGCAAAAAAAAAAAUCUCUGGUUAAUAAUAAAUCAAUCAAUAUCUAAUACCUCAAGUUUGUCAAAAUGUAACCAAAUGACAUUGGGGUAUGUUAAUUUGCCAUUAAUAUUUAAAUUUGAUAUAAUUAAGAAUUCUAGUUCUGUCAAAUUUAAUGAGAAUAUUUCAAGUUCAUGUGUAAUAAAAGAGAAAACAGCUGUUUUGUCACCUCUACAAAGAAAUCCAUUUUCCAGCUGCUACUUAUUUUCAUUAAUUGAUGUUAUGAAAUUAAGAUAAUGAAAUAAAAUCAAUUGUUGAAUAUGUUUUUCUGUAGUCGACUAUUUAAGUUAUUUAUAUCCUCAUGUUUAGAUCACCUAGCUGCUUUAAAAAAACAGUGCUUAUAAAAAGGGACAGCCUUCAUCAUCUAUAUGUUGUCCUCCACAUUAUCUUCAAAUUGCUACUGGUCCUGAAUGGGUGGUUGAUUUCGAUCAACUUAAGUGGGACUUGGAGGGGGGUCUCAAUAUUAUAUUUAAAAAGAGCCUUGGUGAGGGAAGGGUCCAAAAGGGGGAUUUGAGGUAAAUUAUUUUAUUUCCCUCUAUGAAGCCUGAUGGAUUUUAAUCAAAUUUGACAACAGCAUAAUUAAUUAGGUGAGGAAGGCUAAAUAUUAAACAGAACAGUUGGCUCUCCUAGGGGACGAACCAAAUUGAGCAUUUUUAAGUGAUUAUUUAUGGAGCUUCAUUAACUUAAGUCUUCGGCAUCAUUGGACUACAGGAACUGAAUAUUGUUUCCAGGUGUAUAACUGAAAUUAUUGGCCUAAGUCUGAGAAGACUCUAGUCAAAUUUUGUUAUUAAAGUUGAUUGCUUACAAUUUUAA